AGCUUUAACCAGUAGAUUAAAGUAAAUAUGUUAAAAUACCAAGUGGUAUUUUAUACACUGUUCAGUAGCAAACAGUUUUGCGGAGGGAAUAACCACUUUUAAAAAUUUAUCCUCGGGUGUAAGUGGGUCUUAAGCCGUUUGUUUAUUUGUAUAGGAUAUUCUAUUAAUUAUAUAUGGCCUAUCACUCAGUGGUUCUCAGAUCCCUGGGAACCAAAUUCGUUGGCCUUUGAUUUGGUUCUCUGGUGGAUAUAAUAAUGUAGAACUUGGUUUAGGUUAGAAAGAGAGCUUUGGGUUUAUGGAAACCCCUUUGCUGAAUUUGCAGAAGGAUCUAUGGAUGAAAAUGAUCUAAAUUGUUAAGAGUGAGUUAGAUGAAGAAGCCUGGCUGGUCGCUGCAGCUGUAGUAGCUGUUAUGGUAGCAAUGUCUACUUUUUGUCGUUAAACUUUUUUUUUCCCGAAGAGCACAAAUCCAGGCAGCAAAAUGAAGAUGAAAUUAUCUAUGUACUUCACAGUUGAAGCAUCAGUGGAAAUCAUUUUCUGAUUCAAAGUUAUGAUCGAAAUACAAAUAACAUCAAAACAUCCCAAAGAAAGACAUGAAGGAUACACUUUUUGUUCCUAAGCAAACAGAACUUUCUCCAGUUAAGAGAUAACUUGGUGAUGUUGGUUGACAUCAGGGCAACUUCAGAAGCUGGCAAGUAGGAAAAUCUUUUCAGAGGGCAAAAAGAUUUGUGCCAGUUUUUCCUUCCUUGGAGAAAGACGUUCCACCCAGAAUUGGGGCCCUGUGCCCCAUUUGGUGGGCCAGAACUGACUAUCGACAUUUCUGCCAUUCCGCACCACUUCUGCUCCAAGAAUCCACCACUAUCUUGGUUCCUGAGCAAUUAAGGAUGACCCUUUCUGUUAUAUAAUGAACUGCAGUAUUGUUUGAACAAAGAUGUACAGAUCAGCUCUCAAAAUGUCUUCUGUGUCUUCCGAGCAUCUUCUAAGACAAUUGCAUUAGCCCUCCUGCUAGUUGACUAAUAGAAUUAAUAAUUGUAAAAAAGCACUCUAAAGCCACAUGCCUUAUGAAGUCAAUGCUGGGUAUGAUUUUACAAAUAUGGUCCGGAAAAAGAACCCCCCUCUGAGAAACAUUGCUAGUGAAGGCGAGGGCCAGACCCUGGAGCCUGUCGGUACAGAAAGCAAGGGAUCUGGAAAGAACAAAGAAUUUUCUGUAGAUCAGAUGUCAGAAAAUACGGAUCAGAGUGAUGCUGCAGAACUAAAUAAUAAGGAGGAACAUAGCUUGCAUGUCCAAGAUCCGUCUUCUAGCAGUAAGAAGGACUUAAAAAGCUCAAUCCUGAGUGAGAAGGCUGGCUUCAAUUAUGAAAGCCCCAGUAAGGGAGGAAACCUUCCCUCCUAUCCACAUGAUGAGGUGACAGAGAGAAAUAUGUUGGCUUUCUCAUCUCCAGCUGCUGGGGGAGUCUGUGAGCCCUUGAAGUCUCCUCAAAGAGCAGAGGCAGAUGACCCUCAAGAUAUGGCCUGCACCCCAUCAGGGGACUCCUUGGAGACAAAGGAAGAUCAGAAGAUGUCACCGAAGGCUACGGAGGAAACAGGGCAAGCGCAGAGUGGUCAAGCCAAUUGUCAAGGCUCAAGCCCAGUUUCAGUGGCCUCAAAAAACCCACAAGUGCCUUCAGAUGGGGGUGUAAGACUGAAUAAAUCUAAAACCGACUUACUGGUAAAUGACAACCCAGACCCGGCACCUCUGUCUCCAGAGCUUCAGGACUUUAAAUGCAAUAUCUGUGGAUAUGGUUACUAUGGCAACGACCCCACAGAUCUGAUUAAGCACUUCCGAAAGUAUCACUUAGGACUGCAUAACCGCACCAGGCAGGAUGCUGAGCUGGACAGCAAAAUCUUGGCCCUUCAUAACAUGGUGCAGUUCAGCCAUUCCAAAGACUUCCAGAAAGUCAACCGUUCCGUGCUUUCUGGUGUGCUGCAGGAUAUCAAUUCCUCAAGGCCUGUUUUACUAAAUGGGACCUAUGAUGUACAGGUUACUUCAGGUGGAACAUUCAUUGGCAUUGGACGGAAAACACCAGAUUGCCAAGGAAACACCAAGUACUUCCGCUGUAAAUUCUGCAAUUUCACUUAUAUGGGCAACUCAUCGACGGAACUAGAACAACAUUUUCUUCAGACUCACCCGAACAAAAUAAAAGCUUCUCUCCCCUCCUCUGAGGGUGCAAAACCUUCGGAGAAGAACUCUAACAAAUCCAUCCCUGCACUUCGCUCCAGUGAUUCCGGAGACUUGGGAAAGUGGCAGGACAAGAUCACAGUCAAGGCAGGAGAUGACACGCCUGUUGGUUACUCGGUGCCCAUCAAACCCCUUGAUUCAAGACAAAAUGGUACGGAGGCCACCAGUUACUACUGGUGUAAAUUUUGUAGUUUCAGCUGCGAGUCAUCAAGCUCACUUAAGCUGCUAGAACAUUAUGGCAAGCAGCAUGGAGGAGUACAGUCAGGUGGCCUUCACCCAGAAUUGAAUGACAAGCUGUCCAGGGGCUCUGUCAUUAAUCAGAAUGAUCUAGCCAAAAGUGCAGAAGGGGAGCCAAUGACCAAGGCAGACAAGGGCUCUAGUGGGGCGAAGAAGAAGGACUUCUCCAGCAAGGGAGCAGAGGAUAAUAUGGUCACGAGCUACAAUUGUCAGUUCUGCGACUUCAGAUAUUCCAAAAGCCAUGGCCCUGACGUUAUUGUAGUGGGGCCACUUCUCCGUCAUUAUCAACAGCUCCAUAACAUUCAUAAGUGUACCAUUAAACACUGUCCAUUCUGUCCCAGAGGCCUUUGCAGCCCAGAAAAGCACCUUGGAGAAAUUACUUAUCCAUUUGCUUGUAGAAAAAGUAAUUGCUCCCACUGUGCGCUUUUGCUUUUGCACUUGUCUCCGGGGGCGGCCGGAAGCUCAAGAGUCAAACACCAGUGCCACCAGUGCUCCUUCUCCACCCCCGACGUGGACGUGCUCCUCUUCCAUUACGAGAGCGUGCAUGAGUCCCAAGCAUCGGACGUCAAACAAGAAGGCAAUCACCUGCAAGGAUCGGAUGGGCAGCCGGCUGUCAAGGAAAGCAAAGAACACUCGUGUACCAAAUGUGAUUUCAUUACCCAGGUGGAAGAAGAGAUUUCCCGACACUACAGGAGAGCACACAGCUGCUACAAAUGCCGUCAAUGCAGUUUUACAGCUGCCGAGACUCAGUCACUACUGGAGCACUUCAACACUGUUCACUGCCAGGAACAGGACAGCACUACAGCCAACGGCGAAGAGGACGGGCAUGCCGUAUCCACCAUCAAGGAGGAGCCCAAGAUUGACCUCAAGGUCUACAGUCUGCUCAAUCCAGACUCUAAAAUGGGAGAGCCGGUUGCUGAGAGUGUGGUGAAGAGGGAGAAGCUAGAAGAGAAGGACGGGCUGAAAGAAAAAGCUUGGGCUGAGAGUUCAAGUGAUGACCUUCGCAACGUGACUUGGAGAGGGGCGGACAUCCUACGAGGCAGUCCAUCCUAUACCCAAGCAAGCCUGGGGCUUCUGACCCCUGUGUCCGGCCCCCAAGAGCAGACAAAGACUUUAAGGGAUAGCCCCAAUGUAGAGGCUGCCCACCUGGCGCGCCCUAUUUAUGGCUUGGCUGUGGAGACCAAGGGCUUCCUGCAGGGGGUGCCUGCAGGCGGAGAGAAGGCUGGCGCCCUCACCCAGCAGUAUCCUGCAUCCGGAGAAAACAAGUCCAAGGAUGAAUCCCAGUCCCUGUUACGGAGGCGUAGAGGCUCGGGUGUUUUUUGUGCCAAUUGCUUGACCACAAAGACCUCUCUCUGGCGAAAGAAUGCAAAUGGCGGAUAUGUAUGCAAUGCGUGUGGCCUCUACCAGAAGCUUCACUCGACUCCCAGGCCUUUAAACAUCAUUAAACAAAACAACGGUGAGCAGAUUAUUAGGAGAAGAACAAGAAAGCGCCUUAACCCAGAGGCACUUCAGGCCGAGCAGCUCAACAAACAGCAGAGGGCCGGCAGUGAAGAGCAAGUCAAUGGCAGCCCCUUAGAGAGGCGGUCAGAAGAUCACUUAACUGAAGGUCACCAGAGAGAAAUUCCGCUCCCCAGCCUGAGUAAAUACGAAGCCCAGGGUUCAUUGACUAAAAGCCAUUCUGCUCAGCAGCCAGUCAUGGUCAGCCAAACUCUGGAUAUUCACAAAAGGAUGCAACCUUUGCACAUUCAGAUAAAAAGUCCUCAGGAAAGUACUGGAGACCCGGGAAAUAGUUCAUCCGUAUCUGAAGGGAAAGGAAGUUCUGAGAGAGGCAGUCCCAUAGAAAAGUACAUGAGACCCGCGAAGCACCCCAAUUAUUCACCACCAGGCAGCCCCAUUGAAAAGUACCAGUACCCCCUUUUUGGACUUCCCUUUGUACAUAAUGACUUCCAGAGUGAAGCUGAUUGGCUGCGGUUCUGGAGUAAAUAUAAGCUCUCCGUUCCUGGGAAUCCGCACUACUUGAGUCACGUGCCUGGCCUACCAAAUCCUUGCCAAAACUAUGUGCCUUACCCCACCUUCAAUCUGCCUCCUCACUUUUCAGCUGUUGGAUCAGACAAUGACAUUCCUCUAGAUUUGGCGAUCAAGCAUUCCAGACCUGGGCCAACUGCAAACGGUGCCUCCAAGGAGAAAACGAAGGCACCAUCAAAUGUAAAAAAUGAAGGUCCCUUGAAUGGAGUAAAAACAGAGAAAGUUGAUAGAAGUACUCAAGAUGAACUUUCAACAAAAUGUGUGCACUGUGGCAUUGUCUUUCUGGAUGAAGUGAUGUAUGCUUUGCAUAUGAGUUGCCAUGGUGACAGUGGACCUUUCCAGUGCAGCAUAUGCCAGCAUCUUUGCACGGACAAAUAUGACUUCACAACUCAUAUCCAGAGGGGCCUGCAUAGGAACAAUGCACAAGUGGAAAAAAAUGGAAAACCUAAAGAGUAAAACCUUAGCACUUAGCACAAUUAAAUAGAAAUAGGUUUUCUUGAUGGGAAUUCAAUAGCUUGUAAUGUCUUAUGAAGACCUAUUUAAAAAAAAAAUACUUCAUAGAGCCUGCCUUAUCCAACAUGAAAUUCCCUUCUUUUAUUAUUCUUUCGUUUGAUGAGUAGGUUACCAAGAUUAAAAAGUGAGACAAAUGGUCAGUGAGAAAAAAAUGGAAGAUGGUAUAUAGUCCUGUUUAGAACCUAGUAGGUCAAAACCAUCUUGGUGAAUGUGUACUAUGGAAACCAUCCAUAAGAAGUAUCACCAGACUAUAAUUAUUAUGUUUGUAAAGAAAGAGAUCAAAGCUGUCUCGAAUUUGGAAGGGUUUACAGAUUAUGAUCCUAAAGCAGUAUUGGGCUGGCCAUUGGCCCAUUUGUUCAAAAACCAUAAAUUGUUGCCUCAAUUUCGAAGUGUCUUGAAAUCCUAGGCAGAUGAGGAGAAAUCUAAUCUCCAGGGCAGUGAAAGGAAAAUGGCACCCUCCUGGAUGAGAAUCCUCUCAUUGAUCAUGUUUCGAAUUUAGACCUAGAAAUGCGAGCUGUGGUUAGGCUUGGGGAGAGAGCAACGGGAAAAGUGACAAUGAUUUUGGCCAGCCCUGCCUGUACAUACACAUGCACACCCUCUCUGAUAUUUUUGUCCUCUAGAUGUUCAAAUACUCCUUUCAAAAAUAGUCCUCUUGUUUGCAAUUUAGGUUCAUUUUGUCCAAAUAUAUAUGCAUUUUUAAAAACAAUGUCCUCAGUGCUUACGUAGUAAUUUUAUUUUAGCCAGAUCUUUUCUUUCUUGUAUGUGAUGAACCAGUUUGGGUUUGUUCUGUAAGCUUCCUCUUGGUCACUAAUCUCACUUGGCACGUUCUAACUAAAGGGAUCCCCUCAGUUCAAAAGACUAGAUGGAUACAAAAGUUCAGACCAUGGGCUUCAUUGGUUUAGAACACAUGGUAUUUCUCCACAAGGUAACCUGCUGUAUUUAUUUAUUUUCUUUUGGUUUAAGUAUAAUUUCCAAACUUUGUGGUCAGGCAGCGUCUAAAGUUACGUUACCACAGACUGACAGUUGGUAUAUGUACCAAUCAAUCCCUUCAUUAGAUUUAUACAGGUUUAGUUAAGUAGCAUUAAAUAGGAUUCUUAGAAGUUUGCUCUUCAUAGUACUUUUAAUACAUAAGGCUUUGUAAAACUAUCCAUGAAGGGAAAGCCUCAGCAUAACUGCUCAGGGAAAUAGGGCUAAAUAACUGAACAUUAAAUAAUUGGUUAAAGGUGCUGUUAGUCGAGCCUCAAUGCUUGCUACACAGAUGUAUGUACAAGGACUGACUUUAAUAAUUUGCAUUAUAUUGUCCCAACCAGUAGUUUAUUUUUUGCCACGGAGAUGUAGAAGAUAUUACAAGCUACUGGAUGCACUGUCAGAUUAACUUAUUUCAUUAAAGAAGUUGGGAGAACAAAUAGGAAAAAAAAAAACCUUAUUUUUCUAGUAAAUAUUAAUGUAUUACAUUUCAAAUAAUGGUGCCUGACAUAUUGAAUAAUUAUUUUCUACAGUGUACGUAUGCAACAAAGAUAUUCCAUCAUGCAUUAGAGUCAGUUCUGGCUCUGCCUAGCUGUUUACAUUUGCAAAUGUAGCAAACAAGGUAAUGAAGCAACUAUUUCUAUUGCGGUAGAUAUCUUUUGUGUGUGUGCGUGUGUGUGUGUGU